AUGAAUAGAAUCAGGCGACCUUUUCCGAUCUCUCGGCGAGACACAGACUCAGUACAAUUGAACACGCUGAAUCCUCAAAAAUCUGCAGAUGAACUCGACAGGAAAGGUGCUGAAGCUGGCGUCACGGUUGAUGCCACAGACAUCGAACAUGGACAUCUCCAAGAGAUUGAAGUGGAUGUUGACAAGGUAUUACAUGACGGCGAGGUCAAAGAUGUUGAUGCCGAUACUUCACCGUACCCCGAAGUUCGUGCUGUCGUACCUGAAACGGAUGAUCCUAGCAUGCCAUUGAAUACUCUUCGCAUGUGGAUUGUUGGAAUUAUCUGGACAAUGCUCGGCUCUGGUGUCAACCAGUUCUUCUCCCUACGCUAUCCUGCAGUGCACAUUGUCUCGCUCGUCGCAGAGCUUCUUGCCUUCCCCAUGGGAGUCGGUCUCGCACAUAUCUUGCCUAUUUAUACUCUAGAUCUUGGACCUCUUGGAAAGUGGAACAUCAACCCGGAUCGUCAUUUCAAUAUUAAGGAGCAUGCACUCAUCACUAUCAUGUCCAACGUCACAAUUGGAUUCGCUUCAGGAUCUGACGCUUCAAACAUGAUUCAGGCUGCUAAGAAAUUCUACGACUUUGAUCUCUCUGCUGGACUGGCCGUAUUGAUGGUCAUGUGCACUCAACUCCUUGGAUUUGGUGUUGCAGGUCUUGGAUCUCGUUGGGUAGUCGAACCCGCUUCAAUCAUCUGGCCUGGUAUCCUAGGAAACUGUGCUCUGCUGUCCACUCUGCACUCCAAAUCGAACGCAGUCGCGAACGGGUGGAGAAUAUCUCGACUCAUGUUCUUCUUUGUUGCUCUUCUUUGUGCAUUCGUCUGGUAUUGGUUCCCUGGUCUUAUCUUCCCAGCUCUCAGCUACUUCACAUGGAUCUGCUGGAUUGCACCAAACAAUGCUGUGGUCAACCAGAUCUUCGGUAUGCAAACCGGAUUGGGGGCGUUUCCGAUUACUUUUGACUGGUCUCAGAUUGCCUACAACACCAACCCUCUUUUGAGUCCACUUAGUGCUGCACUCAAUGUCCUGGCUGGAUUCGUGUUCUUCUUCUUGAUUGUUACGCCUGGUCUCUUUUACACCAACAAAUGGUUCACGGGUUACCUUCCACUGAUGACCGCCGAUGUGUACGACAACACUGGAGCCAGCUACAAUGUUACGAAGAUCAUCAACCCUCUCACCAAAAGUCUAGAUCCCGAGGCCUACCGGGCGUACUCACCUCCGUUCCUGAGCGCAACUUUCGCAUUCGUCUACGGCUUGUCUUUUGCUUCUAUCACUGCUGUACUGACCCACACCUAUCUCUGGCACGGAACCGAGAUCUGGACGGCUCUCCGUGGAACCAGAAAACUCGAUAUCCAUGGGCGUCUUAUGAAGGCAUAUAAGCCGACACCCUGGUACUGGUACCUCAUCGUCCUGGUAAUAUUCACAGCUCUCUCAUGCGUCAUGGUUGAGAUCUACCAUACCGAUCUACCUAUAUACGGCGUUGCCCUCGCUCUGGUUAUCCCUGCCAUCUAUUUCAUCCCAUGUGCCUUGAUUCAGGGUAUCUCGAACGUCGAUGCGAACCAGAUCAACGUCUUGUCCGAAUUCAUCGGCGGUUACAUGUUCGCUGGUAAACCUUUGGCCAACAUGAUCUUUAAGAUCCUGUCAACCGCCGUUGUAAAUCAAGGAAUCUUCUUUGUUCAGGAUAUGAAGCUCGGACAUUAUUUAAAACUAGCACCACGCACCGUCUUCUUCGCCCAAGGCUUCGCCGCCAUCCUCGGAGCCCUCACUCAGACUGGCGUUACCCUCUGGAUGCUCGGCAACAUCGACAACAUCUGCAGUUCCGACCAAGCCUCCUCCUUCACCUGUCCCAAUGGCAGAACGGUGUUCAGCUCGUCUGUGAUUUGGGGAUUGAUCGGUCCAGAUCGGUUGUAUAGCGUAGGCAGGCGCUACUCUUCUUUGCUGCACUUUUUCUGGAUCGGUGCGAUCACACCAGUGAUUACUUGGUAUCUGUACAAGAGGACUGGAAAGAAGAUUUUCAAGGAUAUCAAUUGGCCACUGUUCUUUGUGGGAACUUAUAAUGUGCCGCCUGCUACUGGUAUUAACUACACCUCGUGGGCUUUGGUCAACUGGGUCUUCAACGGCUAUAUCAAGCAGAAUUUCUUUGCCUGGUGGACGAAGUACAAUUAUGUUCUUGCCGCUGCUGUCGAUACAGGAACAGCCGUCGCUGGAAUCGUCAUCUUCUUCGCAGUCAGCUACCCUGGCUACUCCAUGCCGGAUUGGUGGGGCACGACUGUGUUUGCAAACACACUCGAUGCAGUAGGCGUGUCAAAUCUGCCGCUGCCGGCAAGCGGCUUCUUCGGUCCUGCUAAUGGCACGUGGACUUGA